AGCACGGGGCUGUCCCCUUUGCUGUGAUAUCUCUGCUCUUCUUGUGACCACCAGCGCUGCAAUGAGAGUCAUUAAAAGGCUGUUAGAAAGGGGAGCAGCCGAGCUGUUCUAAACUUAGCGUAACCUGAAGCAAGCCAUGAGGUAUCCCCUGGUUCCUCUGGUCAAUGAGCUGACCUUUCCUCUGCUCUUCUUCUGGUUCUGUUUGCCUUUUGUAAUGCUGCUGAUCGUCGUGAUUAUCUGGCUACAGCUGCUGCUUAAUGAAGCACAGAUGCCCAGCACAGAAAUGAUUAAGAAAGAAUCUCCUGAUGAGCCUGAUUCUGACUCUGAAGAUGAACUAACAGAGGAAGAAUACCAGAGUGAUGCAUCCAGUACAGAGAUGCAAGAGGAGUCACAAUCCAGUGGACCUGUGGGAAGACUGAGGCCCAAGCCUGCUUAUCUGAGCUCAAAUCCAAAAAGCCAAAAGCAAAGCCUUCUUGCUGUGGCCUCGAACAGCUGGUCCCAGAGGCAGAAGAUAAGAUAUUCCCAUGCUGGAAAGAGCAUUUUCUGUAACAUCGUGAUGCUGUUGUGCACCUUGCUUUCUUCUCUCACCUGGAAUUUUGUCUGCCUGUUGCUCCAGACCUUUAACAUCCUGAGGACUCUACUGCUGCCAUCCUAUCUGGUUACCUACAUGGCUCAGCUGUUGGUUUUGCUGGGUGAAAAAGCUGGGAAAAUCCUGGGCUCCCUGAGGCUGGAGAGCAGAGGACUGUUGCUUUCAGUCCUGAGGGGGAAACUGGAGCUGAGUCAAGCUUGGAGAUCCUGCCUCAGGGUGAAAAUAAAGCAGUGAGUCCCAUGGCAAUCCAGGUCAGCAUCGGUGACAGCUGCUGCAGAACAGCAGAGGGAGGGGAAUUGUCUGAAAAAGAAACCACUCAAGACUAAGUCAGCACCUACUCAGAUCACCACAGCUGCUUUCAGUGUCGACUGCCUAAAUAUGAAAAGGAUGACAGCAGCCAGUUUCUUGUCCACUCUGCUCCCCUCCCACCUCAGAGGGAUAAGCUCCUUUUUUAUAAGGACCACGCACUCCACCAGCACCAGUGAUAGUUUCUGCUCACCUAUACUAAUCUUUGAUUUCAAAUAAAUAAGAUCAAGGCAA